CAGAACACGCCAUUUUCUUUUGCCAAGAGAGAGAAAAUAGAGAGAGAGAAAAAUGGGAGUUCUUUUCUCAACGAUCGGCACUCUUGUUUCUAAAUGGUUCGGCCCCUCAACGGCGAGUGCCGAAGCUGCCUCGUCGGAGCCGUCGUCGGUGUCUUCUUUUCAUUCGUCGGCCAGAUGGAAACUCCACUUCGAUUCCGUUCAGGAAUCUUCCAAGCUCAUGGUGAUUGAUUUCUCGGCGACUUGGUGUGGACCUUGUAGGCUCAUGGAGCCGUCCUUCAACGCCAUGGCCAGUACAUAUACUGAUGUUGAGUUCAUCAAAAUCGAUGUCGAUGAGUUAUCUGAUGUGGCUCAGGAUUUUGGAGUACAAGCAAUGCCAACAUUUGUAUUGCUGAGGAGAGGGAAAGUGUUGGAUACGGUGGUUGGAGCCCGUAAGGAAGAGCUGGAGAAGAAGAUUCAGAAGCACCGAUCAGCUUCUGGUGGAACUUAAAUCCACAAAUCUCCAGCAAUAAGUUCUCUCUCUCACUCUUCUUCCUCUUUUUAUGCAAACAUAUGAAAAUUAUCUAUAUUCUAACUUGACCAGUGAUUUGAAUUUACACGUAUUAUAUAAACUCCAUGUUCUUGUUUGAGCUCAA